ACGGGGUGCGAUCCUCAAUCAUCUUCCGUAUUUGUGUUUUGGACGCAGCUGCCGUAGAUAUUUAACAAGCUGGCAGUAAAUCUGUUGAUCGGUGACAAAUCUCUGACAGUUUAAUGAAAGCCAGAGUUGGUCCCAAAUCUUGAACCGGGUAUUCUUCCUGUGCACAAGCCGCUCAGCUCGGUUUCCAAGGUGGACAGGAGGUGAUGUUGUCCUCUUUUGUUGUGAUUAGUCCCUUCGGAUCAUCUGCGGCUUUGACACUGACCCGAGAGCUGUGAUGUCAUGGCAGCUGCCAGCGUGACCAGACCUGGCAGUGCCCAGACCACCGAAAAGUCUCAGUUGAUCCUGAAAGUGGUGUCAGCAAAGCCCCAGUCUCCAAAGCUGCCGAACCGUCAUUCUCGGCUCAGCUCCUUCGUCGAGGUGACUGCCGACGGUCUGACCAGUGAAACCAAAAAAACAGGCAAACGCACCGGGCACCUGGAGCUGCAGUGGAAUGAGGACCUCACCCUCAAUGUGACGCCUGAGAGCCACCUGGAUCUAAAGUUGUGGAGCUGCCACACCUUGAGAAAGGAGCUCCUGGGCAGUGCUACCAUAGACCUUCUGGACACGCUGCGCACACACAAUGGCAAAAUGGAGAACGUCCAGCUGAGUCUGGUGCUGCAGACGGAGAACAAAGGCUCGGUUGUGGCAGGAGGGGAGCUCAACGUCUGUCUGGACGGCAUGGUUGUUGAUCUGGGCUCUCUGCCCAAUGGCAGCACAGCGGCAGACAAGAGCCUCCAGGCUGACAGACCCAACCUGAGGAGGACACAGAGUGAGGGGACUCCCACUUCAGCGGGAUCGAACAGCAGGAGCAACAGACACUCAGUGGGGGGUCCACAGGGUGAGUCCCCCGGGGGCUCCAGGGAGAGGUCCCUGCCUAAUGGGGAGCUAACCGAAGAGCAGAAUCAUGACACGUCCGGCCACCAACAGCCCUCCAAGAGCAUUGGCAGCCCUGGAAACAGUUCAGACAAAGUUGAGUUGACAUCCAACGGGUUAGACGGCAGUCGUGGAGUGGUGGCCCGCCUGACUCCUCCUCCUCCAGCCUCUCCAUCGGGCCGAUCUCCUGCCGCCAACAGCAGCAGCAGCAACAGUAGCCCCUCUCCGGGACAGGACGCCGUGGGUCCAGCCACCCCAGCUGAGCCCCGACCCAACGCCCCCUCCGGCACGGAGCAGGCCAACAGCAACACAGCUGAGUCGACCACAGAUUCGCUCCCGGCAGGCUGGGAGCAGCGGGUUUUACCUCACGGCAGAGUGUAUUACGUCGACCACAACACCAAAACCACGACUUGGGAGAGACCACUGCCGGCAGGCUGGGAGAAACGUGUGGACCAGCGAGGCAGGUUCUACUAUGUGGACCACAACACCAGAACCACCACAUGGCAGAGGCCCACGGCCGAGUCUGUGCGCAACUAUCAGCAGUGGCAGAGCCAGCGCAGCCAGCUGCAGGGCGCCAUGCACCAGUUCAGCCAGCGCUUCCUCUACCAGCCGUCCGGCGCUCCGGUGGAAAAUGACCCCCUGGGCCCGCUGCCUGCUGGAUGGGAGAAACGCCAGGACAAUGGCCGGGUGUACUUCGUCAACCACAAUACGAGGACGACUCAGUGGGACGAUCCUCGGACCCAAGGGAUGAUCAAGGAGCACCCCCUGCCCCCUGGCUGGGAGAUGAAGUACACCGCAGAGGGAGUGCGAUAUUUUGUGGACCACAACUCUCGCACCACCACCUUUAAAGACCCGAGACCCGGGUUUGAGUCAGGGUCACGGCAAGGCGGCUCGCCUGGAGCUUACGAUCGGAGCUUCAGAUGGAAAUACCACCAGUUCCGCUUCCUGUGUCAUUCCAACGCCUUGCCCAGCCACGUGAAGAUCUCCGUGUCCAGACAAACGCUGUUUGAAGAUUCAUUUCAGCAGAUUAUGAACGUGAAGCCGUACGAUCUUCGGCGCCGGCUCUAUAUCAUCAUGAGAGGAGAGGAGGGUCUGGACUAUGGCGGCAUCGCCAGGGAGUGGUUCUUCCUGCUGUCCCAUGAAGUCCUAAACCCCAUGUACUGCCUGUUUGAAUACGCCGGAAAGAACAACUACUGUCUCCAGAUAAACCCAGCCUCCUCCAUCAACCCCGACCACCUCACCUACUUCCGCUUCAUCGGUCGCUUCAUCGCCAUGGCUCUUUACCACGGGAAGUUCAUCGACACUGGCUUCACGCUGCCGUUCUACAAGCGAAUGCUGGACAAGAAGCCCACCCUGAAAGACCUGGAGUCCAUAGAUCCUGAGUUUUAUAACUCCAUCAUGUGGGUCAAAGAGAACAACCUGGAGGAGUGCGGCGUGGAGCUGUAUUUUGCACAGGACAUGGAAAUCCUCGGGAAGGUUUCCAGCCACCCGCUGAAGGAGGGCGGAGAGGACGAGCUGGUCACCGAGGAAAACAAGGAGGAGUACAUCAGCCUGCUUACAGACUGGAGGUUCACCCGCGGGGUGGAGGAGCAGACCAAAGCCUUCCUGGACGGCUUCAACGAGGUGGUUCCUCUGGAGUGGCUUCGCUACUUCGAUGAGAAGGAGCUGGAGCUGAUGCUCUGCGGCAUGCAGGAGAUCGAUCUGGCCGACUGGCAGAAGAACACCAUCUACAGACAUUACACCAAGAACAGCAAGCAGAUCCACUGGUUCUGGCAGGUUGUGAAAGAGAUGGACAACGAGAAGAGAAUCCGUCUGCUGCAGUUUGUAACGGGAACCUGCCGGCUGCCGGUCGGGGGAUUCACGGAGCUCAUAGGAAGUAACGGUCCCCAGAAGUUCUGCAUAGACAGAGUGGGGAAGGAGACUUGGCUUCCAAGAAGCCACACAUGCUUCAACCGUCUGGAUCUGCCGCCCUACAGGAGCCUGGAGCAGCUCAGAGAGAAGCUGCUGUUCGCCAUCGAGGAGACGGAGGGGUUCGGACAGGAGUGAAGCCAUUAACUGGUUUCUUUUAAUUUCUUGUUGAUCUCAUUAGUUAAUCACAGGGCUUCAAUCUCACCAAGCCGCUCAGCUGCAAGACGGCAAUGUCUGUCGACAGAAUAGGAGCUGAAGUUGGAGCACAGAGGGAGGACCGUUGCUUUUAGUGUGAAUGGACACGUGUGUGUGUGUGUGUGUGUGUGGAUGCUCACUUUAUUGUAAUUGUUUGAGUCCGAGAGGACGGCAUGUACGCCCCCGACAGCACCCACUCUCUGCUUAUAAACCCCACCUAAACUAGACGGCAUUAAAGCCUUAAUGUCGCUCCACAACCACAGCACAGCUAAUGCAGUAUAACAUAUCUACCAGACAGAAACACUUUUAGCUUUUUAAAGGGAGGACCUGAACACGUCAGAGAGGAACUAGUGCACCUCUGUUACAGAGGUUAUAGAGAGGAGAUGGGAUUUUAUUUUGUAUUUCUCUGUUAAUUGUGAAAGUCAGCAUUUUCUCUUGUACAGACCCAAAAUAAAUGAAAUUUCAAUCCUAAAA